ACCAAGUUUUUUGCAUGCUUUUUAAAAAGUAAACAUUGUCGCAUAUUGUAAAUUUUGGUUAUAAACUAGUAAUGGCGAGUCACAUUAACACCCAUUCGCUUCCUUACCUUCCAGGCAACACUUUUUCGGAUCCAACUAAGUCCCGGUUUCAUGUUCCUCAAACUCUAGAUUUCAAAAACGGGUUUGCUCUAAAGCAUAAACCUGAGGUUGGAAUCGGCGGUGAGCCUAUUCACCAGAAUGCCCUGAACGAGGAUGACUUGAAUGAACUCGCCAAUUUCAAGCCCACUUUGACAUACGGACAGGCCAAACAAGCUCCCCCAGAGGAGUUUAUACCAUCUCACGUUGCAUUCGAUAAAAAGGUGCUUCUGUUCAAUGGCUACUUCAAGCAGACAGUGUAUGAAUCAUCGGCAGAAUACUACCGCGUACGACCAGUGAAAAUUUACUAUUAUCUAGAGGAUGACACUAUAUCUGUUAUGGAACCACCAGUAGAAAACAGCGGAAUUCCCCAAGGAAAACUCAUUAGACGACAGAGACUGCCUAAAGAAGACGCAACUGGCGAGCACUAUACUUACAAAGAUAUCAAAAUAAACGACACGGUGACCUUCUACGGAAAAGUUUUUCAUAUCACCAGCUGUGAUGUGUGGACCAAGGAGUACUUGACUAGCCAAGGCCUGGUUGUCAACAACUUUGUGGAAAGCCCGCCAGAUCCGUAUGAAGAAGACAGGAAACGAAGAAAUGCACCUAAAACAUUCACCACAAAAUCUGAUUUUGACAAACUCAACCAAUUCUUGACUCUUGAUCGCAAGGUUCUGCGGUUCUUCUGUAUCUGGGAUGACCGCGAUGCAAUGUUCGGAGAUGUGCGACCAUUCAUCAUUCACUACUACUUGGCGGACGACACUCUCGAGGUCCGAGAGGUGCACAAGACGCCCGAAGGCCGAGACAGAAACGACGGAAGGGAUCCGUUCCCUCUGCUGCUCACGAGAAUGAGGGUGCCCAAGAACCUCUACGACAUUCCACCAAGUUUUCCUACCAUUUCGAUGGAGGCGAAGGAGACGGAGCACCAGGAGUACUUCACUCCCGAGGACUUCAUGAUUGGGAACACAGUGACGAUGAUGAACAGACGAUUCCUCAUCUACGACAUGGACAAGUUCACCCAGGAGUUCUACCGCUACAACUACGGAAUCAAGAGUUUCGAGCCGGUUCCGGUGGGACCCCCUGCCUGCGAUGCACCCAAAAUGUACAUUCCGCCCUACAAUGGUUUCGGCUCCUUGGAGGACUCUUUGGGCUCCUGCUUUCACUUGGAGCCCCAACCGCCCAGAAAGGACUUCAUUAAGAUGUUGUCCAACGACCACAACAACCUGCGAUUCCUCGCACAGAUGGAUGACAACGAUGAGAAUGAGAACGCAGACCGCGAGUUCAUAAUCUACUUCAGCCUUGCUACGGACACCUUCAUGAUUUACGAAGUGCCUGCUCGCAAUACUGGACGUCUCGCUGGUAAGUUCCUCAUGCGUACCAGGAUCCCCAAACCUGGAUGUGACAUUAAUGAACCAGAGUUCUACGGACCCCAGGAUUUGGCGAUUGGCGACGUUGUCUACGUGUUCAACAGGAGAUUCAAGAUCAAAGAUGCCGAUGUUUUCGUCCUGAACUACCUGAAAGAAAAUAAGCAUAAGUUCCCUGGAAUUGAUAGAACCAUCAAGUCUUUGGAAAAUCUACAUGCUAAUAACCAGCUCGGAGUUGGAAUGAUAAUGGACUCCCAAGCACCCGCUGGAUUGUCCGAUACUCGCAAGGCAGAGUUGGUACAGACACUGAGUGAGCAGUUGAGAAGGGCGCACUUCAACCGCUUCUUCAGCAUAAGGGAGGCCUUCCUCAAACUGGACUUCAACAGGGACAAGUACGUGCAGCCGGAAGAACUGGCACACUUCAUUAGCCAGCUCAACAUCCCCAUCGAGACAUACCUAAUUAAGGAGAUAUUCAAGGUCAUUGAUACCAACCAUGACGGAAAGAUUAGCUGGGAGGAGUUCAUUGAGUUCAUCGAAGCCGCCGGGUGCCAAGACGGUUGAUCAAACACUACCACCGCGUGAACAGACUGAACUGCAUUCAUGCACUGAAAUCAUACUUGAUCGCCAUAGAAAUAUAUAUUUGUUGCAAAAGUAAAGUGUGUACCAUAUACUAAAUAGACUUAAAUAAGUGCAUAAUCAAAUAAAUGCGUGUGCUCAAAUCACCAUAACAGCUUGUAUGUACAUAUGAAUUUAAAUGGAAAAUUUAAACAAAAAAUGUCUCGACAGAAAA